AUACAAUUGUUAGAAAUAUCGAAAUAAAAUGGUUUCCAAUGAUAUCAAAAGAUAACAGUGUAAGAAAAUGAUUUAUUAAACGAAGAGCGCAAUAUUGUGUUUGAAUUAUGGCAACUACAUUACAUAUUCUGAAUCCAAAUGAUAAUUUGAUGAAAAAAUUUCAAGAAACAUUACAUGCACAUUUAUUACAUGUUGAUAAUAAACUUUCAGAAGAAAUACUCAAUCUUGAAACAUCAAUAAAAUGUGCAGAAAAAGAAUUAGAGUCAGAAGCUAUACAACUUUAUCAAAUGCAGCAAGAUGUUCAACAUCAACAUACAAUAUUACAACAAUAUAUACAAGCAUUGUCAAAAGUCACAUUUUUGAGAGAAAAAAAAAAUAACAAUAUAGAAAAUGCUAAAGAAAUUCUAAAACAAAAUUAUUCAAAAUUGAAAGAAGAAAAAGAUAAAAAAGAAAAACUAUCUCAAAAAUUAAAAAAUAUGUUGGAAUUUCAUUCUUAUUUAUCUAAAUGGGAGAAAGAAUUAAAUAAUCAUUUAAUUAUAUCUAAACAAUUAUCAUUACAAGAUAUUAAUAGAAAUAAGAUAUUGAUUAAUAAAAAACAACAAAGAGAUUUCAUAUUAUAUCGAUUAAAAGAAGAAAUAUGGAAAAUUGAAUCAGAAAUAGCUUAUUUUGAUGAGCAAUUACAAAUUAAAAAUAAAGAAAAAGAAGAUGCUAAUAAAAUGAUAAUUGAUGCAAAUACAGAUUUAGAAACUCUGCAUACAGAACAUAAAGAUUUACAUAAUAUAUGGAAAUCUGUAGUAACUAAUAUUUCUAAAAGAAGUAAUAUUCACGAUCAAUUAUAUUUUGAACAAAAAGAAGCACAUAAAUUAUACAAUGGAUUGUUAUUAGAAAUACAAACACAACAAUUUUGGUUACGUCAACAAGGUUUUUUCGUUUCAUUAAGUCAACAAAGAGAAUCACAGUUAAGAGAAUUAAAUCUUCUUGAAAAGGAAAUUAUGAUAAUAGGACAAAAAAAUUUUAAAUUGGAAUAUGCAUUAGAAAUGCUUACAAAGGAAGAAGCAAAUGUAAAUAAAAUUAUAACUUCUCUUAAUCAAAAAUUAUCCCAUUACAAAACAAACUGGCAAUAUGGUAGAAAAAUUAAAAAUUCAAAUAACAAGCAUUCAGGAUAA